AAAUUUGUCUCCCUUGACACGCGAUGCGGUCGUGACGCGUACGUGUACCUUGAAAAACGUGUUUCUGCCUUUUCACACUCAUUUUCACACCGUCCUUCGUCGUCGUCUGAGCAAUAUAAAAUGGAUUUAUAUGAAGAACUAGCUGUCGCCUUUCUAUUCGUUAUAGUUACUGCUAUAGUUAUAUACGUCUUUCGGAAGCUAUUGGAAGAGAGAAAACGGAAAUCAAUUAACGACUCUAUAUCAGCCAAAAGUGGACAUUACUGGACACGAGUCGAUUUUGUUGAUCGAGGAUUCUUUUGUGCCUCAUGUAAAACGCAUUUGAUCUCCGGUUAUGAAUGUGAUUACUGUACCCUAAAAGUGGAUGAGGUUGCUUGUGCUCGUAAUAUUGCUGCCAAGGUUACUUGUAAAACUGUUCAAAGACCAGAUGAUAAUGGGCGGUUUCACCACGAUUGGAUCCCAGGGAAUAUUGAUUCGGACCAGUUUUGUUGCAUUUGUGAUGAACUCUGUGGUGGCGGUGUCGGUCUGCGGGAUUAUUCCUGUUGCUUAUGUUGGCGUGUAAUACAUACGCCUUGCCUAAAGAAGCUGUCAUCUGAUGUCUGCGAUUUUGGCGAGUAUAGGAAAUUCACCUUUCCUCCUCAUAGCGUAAUUACUAGAAAAGCUGGGAAAAAAUUGGUCAUUGACCGGUUACUACUAUCUGACCAAACUGACUUCAAACCUAUAAUUGCACUAACAAAUACAGUUUGCGGAUCGUGUACUGGUAAAGUAGUGUAUAGAAACUUCCUUCGUCAUCUCCAUCCAAGGCAGGUUAUUGACGUGCAAAAAGAAAACAUAAAAGCUGCUUUGCAAUGGAUUGAUGAUUAUCCUAAGAUUGAUGUGAGACUUAUUGUUGCCGGUGGCGACGGAACAAUAUCGAAUGUCUUGGAGGUGCUGGAGCAGUUCAGUCGUAAACCACCGAUGGCCGUUCUUCCUCUUGGAACUGGAAACGAUUUGUCCAGAGUACUGGGUUGGGGUGGAGGAACGAACGGCGACUUGAAUAUCCUCGAGUAUCUCAAUGAUGUCUACGCCGCGGAUGUACAAAAGUUGGACAGGUGGAAUGUAAUGAUCAAAUCGAAAAAUCAGUUUGGUAGAAGAACGGUUAUUACGAAUAAGAAAAUGAGUAACUAUAUAUCGAUUGGAGUUGAUGCCAGUGUCACAUUUGGUAUGCAGACUACAAGAAAAUCGAUACCAAAAGUAUUGAGUAGCAGGCUGCUCAACAAAUUUCUUUUUUUCUCCUUCGGUACUAAAGAUGUAUUUACUCGAACCUGUAAAGGACUGCGUGAUAACAUUUCUCUUUACUUGGAUGAUAAGUUAAUUGAACUGCCCGGGAUCGAAGGCCUCGUCUUUCUCAACAUUCAGUGUUGGGGCGCCGGUGUACAGCCAUGGAAAUAUGCAGACGAUGAGCACCCACAAAAGAUCGAUGACGGAGUUUUCGAAGUUUUCGCGGUCACAUCGUCCUUUCAUAUUGCUCAAAUGCAGGUUGGGCUUGCUUCACCGCUUUUCAUUGGACAAGCGAGAAAAGCCUGUUGUCGUGACGAGAAUGACGGUGAGGCAUGGAUGCAGUCGAGAUGCGAAUUUCAUCUAUCCCAUCAUGGAGAAAGUAGGAUGUUAAAAAAAUUGGACUCACCAAGCUCACCGAAAACGUUUUUCUGA